AUGCGCAGAACGCAAGCGCUGUUCUUUGCAGCCACGCAAUGCGCACGUCUCCACGCUUCACGUAGACUCCAUUCCUCGCCGCCUAUUGUCAGGAUCGCCAAUGGCACAUUCUAUCGCCAACACCCUUCUUCAAAGGACGAUAAAGCGUCUUCAAAUCCACCAUUGUUCCCAGAUCUGACGCUGUCUCUACCGUCUUUCUCGACACCAAAUCAGCAUUGGGCGAUUUUGAGCCCAUCAUCCGACAUUCGCACCGCGUUUCUACAAAUACUUCGCGGUCAACUACUUUGUUUCCCACCAACAGCGCGGUCUUUCCCUUACCUCCUCACGCCAGCCAUCGCCGAGGAAAGACCACGCCUCCGCUUCCCAGAGCGAGCCAUUGAGUAUGUUGGCUUCGACGUUGAGCGGAAAGCUUUUGGUGGCGCCUAUCUAUCGGCACGGUAUGAGUCUCUGAGAGAAGAUACGGACUUUACCGUCCAAAGGUACCUAACCGGUAUUGUAACGAUGAACCCUGGCGAAGAGGAACUCAAAGCAAAGAGCGUGGACGAAGAGGACAUGACACGGGUUAUGCGUGAUUUAGAAUUGGAGAGGUUCAUUGACAAGCCAGUCAGCAUGCUGAGUAAUGGGCAGAGUAGACGGGCGAGAAUUGCGAAAGCCUUGUUAAGUAGGCCUGAGAUGCUUUGUUUGGAUGCACCAUUUAUUGGACUUGACCCCAUCGUCACAAGGCACAUCUCCAAGGUUUUGCACCGGCUCGCAGAAGCUAAUGCACCACGCAUCGUUCUCAGUCUGAGACCGCAGGAUGAAAUACCGGAAUGGGUUACGCAUCUUGUGUACGCUGGAGAGGAUGGAAAGGUUGAAAAGAUGGGGCUAAAAGACGAGGUAUUAGAUUUUUCACAGACCUACGGCCAAGCUGAAAGCACAGAGGAGUAUAAGCGGACUUCCAUCAAUACAGAGACAAGCGAAACAGGACGACUUGCCCCUGGAAGAGAACGUCCCACAAAAUCAUCGGAUACGCCAACACUAAGCCGCGAUGGCUAUCAAAAUGCCGACGAUUCUAUACCCAAGAUUGGCGAAGCUAUUGUCGAAAUGCAAGGAGUACGCAUAGCCUACGGCCAGAACUCCGUCUUGGGGGAUUGGCAACAGAAUUUUAACGGCUUAUCUCAAUCCGGGCUGCACUGGAACGUCCAUCGCAACCAACGUUGGGGUGUAUUCGGUGCCAACGGUUCUGGCAAAACCACCCUUCUCUCGCUUGUAACAUCAGACCACCCACAGACCUACUCGGCUCCAGUCAAACUCUUCCAACGCUCGCGUCUGCCCGAACCCGGCGUUCCAGGCAUCACCAUAUUCGAAGUCCAGUCGCGAAUGGGCCAUGCGAGUCCGGAAGUUCACGCCCUGUUUCCAAAGAGACUAACACUGAGAACGACAUUGGAGAGUGCAUGGGCAGAUACGCCAAUUACAAGGCCGAGACUAGACGAUGACGCGAGGAAGAGAGUGGAUGCAUGCUUGCGGUGGUUCGAAGCGGAACUUAGACCUGGAUUCAGUGGCGACGGAAGUGCGAGCCUGGAAUGGGCAUCUAACACUCUCUUCGGUGAGGUGUCGUUCUCCGCUCAACGCGUACUCCUCUUCCUUCGCGCUACGAUCCGAAAUCCUGACAUCGUCAUCCUCGAUGAAGCGUUCAGUGGUAUGGACGAGCUCGUUCGCGACAAGUGUCUAUUGUUCCUUAGUCGCGGUCAAAGUAUGGAACUUGUCCCUUCAGAUGCUGGCUUAAAAGCGGUGAAGUGGGAAGGUGAGAUUGUGGUACCCGGGUUACAAGGACACCAAGCUCUACUGUGUGUCAGUCAUAGUAAGCAUGAAGUACCUGGAUGUAUACGAGAGUGGAUAUGUCUACCCGAACCAGGCACUGGACCUCCGAGGUUUGGUCGAUUUGAUGGGCCUGUGGAGCUGGAUGCGGGACGAUGGAACGAAGUGUGGAAUGAAAAGCACUAG